AGAGAGAGAGAGAGAGAGAGAGAGAGAGAGGAGGGAGAGAAGACAGCGUCGGCGGCGGCUCUGCAGUGGAAUACGCUGUUAUUUGAGGGAAGGUGAGCGUCUCGGAGUACCGACCAGCGCGCAGAGAUGCGUUUGAGGACUUGAUCUCAGAAUAAAAAAGUAACUCCUGGGUUCUUCUCACUUCACAAAAAGCCUCAGUCAAAUCCCCAGACAACACAAGAAAAAAAAAUGGAAUAACAUCUGUUUAUCUGCAUAUUUCUAUGUUCCAAAAACAAGAGGAAAAAACGCAGAGAUCGACAGAGGACACGAAACAUCUCAGAGGAUGUGGAAUUAGAAAGAACAAAUUGCCACUGGAGGACCAAAGGGAAAGUGAAGCUUUUCUCACAGAUCCACCAGUGUGGAGUCACCUCACCUGUACCUUCGGAUUAAAGAGCAGGGUCAUGUCCCAGUUGCCAUGCGCAUCGCCACGCUGACCUGCCUUCCCGGCCCUUCCCCCUUCCUCUUUCUAUUGGCCCAGCUGCUACUGCGGCUCCUCCUCCCUGGGCCGGAGCUAGUGGGAGCCGCCUCCUCCUGCCCCUCCCUGUGCACCUGCUCCAACCAGGCCAGCCGAGUCAUCUGCACCAGGCAAAACUUGGAGGAGGUGCCCGAAAGCAUAUCCGUCAACACGCGAUACCUCAACCUGCAGGAGAACUCGAUACAGGUCAUCAAGUCAGACACGUUCAAGCAUUUGAGGCACCUGGAAAUCCUCCAACUCUCCAAGAAUCAGAUACGUCAGAUUGAAGUUGGAGCAUUCAAUGGCCUCCCCAACCUCAACACACUGGAGCUCUUCGACAACCGCCUCACACUGGUGCCAUCACAUGCCUUUGAGUACCUCAGCAAGCUGCGGGAGCUGUGGCUGCGCAACAACCCCAUUGAGACUCUGCCCGGCUAUGCCUUCCACCGUGUGCCCUCGCUACGUCGCCUGGACCUGGGUGAGCUCAAGAAGUUGGAUUUCAUCUCUGAUGCAGCCUUUGUGGGCCUCAUCAAUCUGCGGUACCUGAACCUUGGCAUGUGUGGACUGAAAGACAUUCCUAAACUGACGGCCCUGGUGCGUUUGGAGGAGCUGGAGCUGUCAGGAAACCGGUUGGAGAUUAUCCGUCCAGGCUCCUUCCAGGGCCUGGUGUCCCUUCGCAAGCUGUGGCUAAUGCACUCACAGGUGUCCGUCAUCGAACGCAACGCAUUUGAUGACCUGAAAAACCUUGAAGAGCUCAACCUGUCCCAUAAUUCCCUGCACUCCCUGCCCCACGACCUCUUCACACCCCUUCACCAGCUGGAGAGGGUUCACCUCAACCAUAACCCAUGGGUCUGCAACUGUGAUGUACUUUGGCUUAGUUGGUGGUUGAAGGAGACGGUGCCCAGUAACACCACCUGCUGUGCCCGCUGCCACGCUCCGCCAUUCUUAAAGGGCAAAUACAUUGGAGAGCUUGACCAGAGCCACUUCACCUGCUAUGCUCCUGUCAUUGUAGAGCCGCCUACAGACCUGAAUGUCACCGAGGGCAUGGCUGCUGAGCUCAAGUGUCGCACAAGCACGUCCACAACAUCUGUCAACUGGAUCACCCCUAAUGGCACUCUAAUGACCCACGGCUCUUACCGGGUGAGGAUAUCCGUCCUGCAUGAUGGCACACUCAACUUCACGAAUGUCACCCUGCGAGACACGGGCCAAUACACCUGCAUGGUGACCAACGCUGCUGGCAACACUACGGCGACUGCUGUCCUUAACGUUACUGCUGCUGAUGCCAGUGUCAACUACACCUACUUUACAACAGUUACUGUGGAAACGGUGGAGACUGGAGGAGGUAACGAUUAUGCAUUGGUUGCCAUCAAUGAGACCUUCAUCCACGUUCGCCCUGGCCCAACUCCCUCCGACCUGUGGACAGACAUUGUUCCUACCACAGACUCCUCUCUGUCUCCCAGCUGGUCCUCCUCCUCUCCCCACACCACUCGACCCACCUUCACUGUGCCAAUCACCAUGCCGGGCUUCUCAGGCCUGGACGAUGUGAUGAAGACCACCAAGAUUAUCAUUGGCUGCUUCGUAGCCAUUACCUUCAUGGCAGCGGUGAUGCUGGUGGUGUUCUACAAGCUGAGGAAGCAGCAUCAGCUGCACAAACACCAUGGCCCUGCUCGUGCCAUCGAGAUCAUCAACGUGGAGGACGAGCUGGGCGCCGGGGCCAGCGGUCGGGGCAGCGGCAUCUCAGGAGGCUCCACGGUGACGCAGAGCGGAAGCAGUGGAAUAGGAGGUGGUCAGAGCCUCAGGCUGCAUCACCCAGAGAUAGUCAACCUGCCCAAUCUGGCCCGGUCGGAGCACCUCAACCACUACUACAAAACCCAUCACUUCAACAACAACAUGAUGGGCCUGGGCCUGGGCACGGGCCCUGGCGUGGGCCUCAACAACAACAACAACCCCUCGCCAUGCUCUCAGUCACAAAACAUAUCCUGUUCCCAGGUUCCAACCUCCACCGGUGGGGGAGUACCCACGGGUGGCACCUUGCCCUCCCCUGUCCCCCUGCCCCAGUUGGGUCUCCACAGUUCUCUGAAAGGCCUAAUGGGGAAAGGCCAGAAUGAGCCACUACUUUUUAAGAGCGGCUCAAAGGAAAAUGUGCAAGAGACUCAAAUUUGAGUAGAAGUGAGGGUAGAAGUAUGAGGUAAGAAGAAAGGGAUGCCAAAUAGAGACAGUGAUACAGAAAGCACCUGUGAAACCAAGUAUAUGAGACUGAUUGUAGCCAACUGUCCUCAUGGACAGAUUUCAAAAAGAUGAAGUUUCACAUUGUUGCUGCUUUGUAUUGUCAAUCUGUUGACAGAGAGAAGCAGGUAGGAAGAGUGAAGGAGACAGUGCAGUAUCUGAUCAACGCUAGUCCCACCAGUAGCACCUGCACAUACUUUAAAACUAAAUCAGACACAAACAUCAAAAUUAAUCAUUAAUGUGUGCAACCUGCGAUAGUCUUUGCCAAAGUCCGAUAUCAAGCCAACUCUUCUCGCACAGUGGAGAGCAAUGAACAAUGUGCAAUGAGCCUCUCGAGGUUUUAUACAGAUUACUCCGUAUAUUUCCAGACACAUUCAGUGUAUAUAUUUGGAGGGAGACAUAAUAUUGGCCAUUGGACAUGUUGUCAGAUUGGUGUUUGGCAGAGGCGCAGAAUAACAAACAAUGAUUUGGGAGAGCGGUUCGGUCCCAGGUUUCCAGGAAGCACUAAAACACAGAGAGAGCAAAAUUAGAGCAGAGCAGCGAUACUGUCCAGAACACAAGUAUCAGACUAGUUCUUAGCAGGGAGACAGAACAACAACAAUAGUUUUUGUUUUUUCAGAGUGGUUUCACUCUCACUUUCUCACCUUUUUUUCCCUUUCACACUUUACUGGCUACUGUCUUCUUUGGAGGAGGAGUAAAGAAACAGAGUGGGUGAUCAUGGGAGAAGAAAAACUCCUGCGGCAUAAAGGACAAAGAGAGAUAUUAAAACGGACCGAACGUACAUAUUAUAUAUACCGUAAAUAUAUUUUCAUUCAAAGAAAUAAAUUAUAAAGAAUCUUUAUCAAGCUUCUGACUCAAAACUACAACGUCUGAAGAAUAUAUAUAAAAAUAACACACACACACACAGCUGUUUGAGUGGCCCUUCCUUUUACGACUUUUCUCAACUUGGAACACAAUGGCCACUCCGACUGUGCUGCAUAAGGACACGUGGGAGAGCGGCGUCCGUUGAGAAGAAGCUAAAAACAAAAACUUGACAAAGUGUUUGAGUGAAUUUAUUUUGGUCUGGACUUUUUUGUAGCCACAAAAAGUGUUUUACCCCUCUCCUGUUGCGUUCACAUAAACAGGGUCGCCAGAGAAAGGAGAUCUUUAUGCUCCACAGCGAAAAUAUGACGCAGCUCUUCAUUAUUGGUAUACAGUACAGCUACAGUGUUAAUAAUAAUGAUCAUAAUGGUAAUAAUGAUAAUCAGCUUUAGCUUUAGUUGUCAUAAUGGUCAUUCAAUGAUUAGCACAUUAAAUGAUCAACAAUAUGUUUUACUGUAAAUAUGACCUAGAUGUUGCACAUGCUAAUUUAGCAUGCACUCCAAAAACUCCCUUAGAUUUGCUCAAACUUCGGGUUUAAACGCAUAAUUUAAUAUCUAUCACAGUGAUAUGACAUAUUAUUGUUAUCGUCUUAUCAUUAUUAUCAUUCAUGACUAUUAUUAUUACUACCUGUGCCUACAAAUAACUGGGAAGUACUUUUUUUCAUUUGUAUAUGACACCGAAGUUGUUUGUGACUGAUCCUGUCGGCUAAUGAACAGCAGUGGGACGGACUCGGCGUGCCACAUAGCAAACUCCACGUUCAUCAGCAGGAAAUAACCCGGCCCUCAAAAUGGCUUCCUCAGUCCAGCCCUCACUGACUCCUCUGCUCUGAUGUCUCAAGCAGUCAGGAACCCUCAUAUUAUCACACAUUAAAGACCGGACAUGAACCUUUGACGAAGACUGCACCUUUGCAGAGGAUUAUUUCACAACUGUAUCUCAGUGUUAUCGUGUAUGAGUGGAUUUCAUGGCAGCAGGGAGCUAAAUGGACGACAAGCAUUGCCAAGCAUUUUUAAAGGUAAGCAAUGCUCGUUCAGUGAGGAAGAAGGUGGCAUACGGUACAGUAUACAGUGGUGAGUGAAUUUUUUCUAAAGAAAAAGGACUAUUAAAUGAAAAAAAUAUAGAACCUUAUAGAUCUCUUUUAAAAAACAAAACUAUUAUGAUAAGUGUUUUUCAUUUUGGGUUUUUAUCUAGUUUGAUUAUUUUUUGUUUUUUUAAAUCAAGUGUUAUCUUUAUUGUAAUAUUGUUAUUGUUAUUAUAAUUAGCUAAUUACACUGGUUAUAAUUAUGAGAGAUGUUCUGUUAGCAGAGGUCACUUUGAAAAUUAAAAAAAACCUGGCACAUAAAAUGGCAGUUCAAGUCUGUGAAAUUUGGUGGCUUUUUUUUGGUUUGUUUUUUGUUUCUUUAUGUUAUAAUCAAACUUUAAUUGUAGUAUCACUGUUUGUAUCCCUUUGGCUCUUCUUGAGAUGAGACAUAGCGAAUGUGAAAUGGUCAGCACUGGGUCCUUUUUUUUUUUCUGCACAGGGGGACAGGAAAGGCCCUGCUCUGGUUUACAAGCUCACUCACGCUCGCUCUGUACUUUCCUGAAUGUCAUCACCAUCACAGUGCUCAGAUUGCGCUAUGUCAACACCUCGUUGUCAUGACUACACACUCAGUCUAAUGCGCCAAGCGAGCGUCACCAUCGGCGCCCCGUUGCCCCUUGUCAGUCACUUUCCUUUGAGGUGCCAUAUCUCAACGAGCCGGCCAGUGUUCCUUCAGUGGUAGCAAAUCAACCUGAGCAUUGUACCCGCGUCCUCACAUAAAGCUCCCCUCCUCCCCUCCUCCCCCAACCCUCAGCAUCCUGCCAUCAGGUUUCCCUGGCAACUGUUGCCGCUGCGACAGCCCUUAUCACAGUGGCUUGAUUUGGGUUUCGAAUGCUAAACAGACGAGAGAGGACAGUAUAGCAUUCAUCCACGUUUGCCAGCUUUUCACCAGGUGACUCUCCCCCAGUACUGUUCCUCGUUAAUGCAUUUGAUUUGUUUACAGCAGAAACCAUUUUUCUCACCCCACCGACUUUCUGUCAGUGAAUCAUACGAUUUACAUGCCACUGCCCUCUAUGUGUUUCAUUUGCAUUGGCCCCACACCAUUGCUAAACACAUUUAUGCACCCUAUACUUGUGAUUAACACUCAUACCCUGCAUCGGUCAUUAACAUAUUCCUUUCCCAGCACAAGGGAUCCAUAUUCCCCUCACAAGUUAUUUACAUAUUCAUCUGCCUCUGUGUGUGCAAAUAAGAGAGAAAUUAUCAUGUAGGCACGCUUGUGGGUAAGAGUGAAGUGUGCGUCAGUUUUGUGUACAUCAUCGGCUGAAAGCAAGGACUGUUAAAACAGCUAUUUACCCCGAAUUCCUCAGAUACUGCAUGCCCUGCCUGUCGCCUGUGGUAGCUCCAUCUCUUUGGAAAGCAUUGUGUAGCCCCUAUAGCUCCUGUGAAGUGGCACAAACCAGAGGCCAUGUUAUUGAGGCUUGGUGUUAGAGAGAGCAGCAGUUGAGCUGGAGACACACAGUCACAGUGCUGCAGUGUCUGAGUCACAGAGCACUGAACACACUCCUAACAAUCUAAUGGAAAUGCUGUGUUUACUGUGCAGGAAGGGACCCGCUCAUUCACCCAUUCAGGGAAUAGGUGAAAAACACCAGAAUAUGGGUGUGUGUGUGUCUGUGUGUGUGUGUGCGUGUUUGGGUGUUUUAUUGCAUGUGCAGCUCUGGAUUAUAAAAUGCCUGUUGUACUGUUGUAUAAGGCAAAGAAAUCAGGACAUUUCAAGCGCUACGCUGUUUAUGGCAAAAGAUGUUACACCAUUGUUGAUGCGAUUGUGCCCGGUGUGUGUGUGCGUGCGUGCGCAUGUGUGUGUGUGUUCAGGUGGGUUUACGCUCGCUCGGUUGUAUAAGGAGGGGAAGAGGGAGGAGGGGUGGUCAGACCUCCAUUUUAAAUCCCCAGUUUAAACCAGCUCUGUCUGUCUCCCUCUGCUUCAGGCUACUUUUAUGAUCCUCUCACUGACACUUAAAGUAAAAACUGGAUUUUUUUUCCUCGCUUAAGCAGCUCCCUCCCUCCUCUCUCUCUUUCUCUGCAUACUGGGAUAAACCCAACUGAUGAAAAGUCUGCUCAAUCAGGCCGACCUCUGCUUUCAAAAGAACUUCCCGAGCCUCUUCCAGCUCUGUCAAUGUGCCACCGCAGGCCGAGGGGUCAGGGGUCGAGUCUAGUGGCAGCUUUUUGUUUACCUCACAUCAGCUAAUCAAAGUUAGCAUUCUGGAUUGUGCCAUUUAUUUUUAUUGUUUUGCCCUGGCUCGGCUAUAUAAGAGAAUAACACCUGUUGGCGAAGCUUAAGUGAUUUUAAAUGUGCAUUUUCAGGGGGCUGUAUUUGUGGUUAAUCGCCUUGACGGUGAUGCGACUUUUAGUCAUAAUCGUAAUGAUGCACAUGAAACUAUUUGGGGCUGCUGGCUUAUGGUGGGUGAGGUUCGUGUAAUCGCAGAUAUGAGGGCAUUCCAGGUUCAAUCUGCCGCUCGCUGCGGCGGGCAGCGUUAGGAACACCGCGACCAUAUUCGAGCCGGUCUCCGAGGGCGAGACUGCACACAUGUUAACCUCAGCACUACAAGCUCUAAGUGAGCUCCAUGCAGCUUAAUUUCUCUUCUGUCACCCCUACUUUUAAAAAUAGCGGUGAAGUGACAGCAGAGGUCAAUGCAUUAUUGAUAUGUAUGGUGUCAAUGAUGCAUGCGCUUAGGCACCGGUGCUAAUUUUCUCCACAUUGCAGAGGCCAAAAGCAACAAACCGGCUGUAAUUUAUGCGUAUGGUUAUUGCUGUUAUUUUUCACGCGGCCAUCAAGACGGUCCACGAGAGCCAGUCGCUGCCUCCUCACAUGAUGGCUGCUGUGUUAUUGUGAUGAGUGCAGCAGUGUUUUGUGUGCCACUGUGUCACAGAGCCUCCCCCUGCCCAGCAGCAGCAGCAGCAGCAGCAGCCUCACUGCGCUCCGCUACGCCUCAGCUGUGGGAUGCUUGGCAGUCAGGGGCUGCUUUCAUCACCAUCACACUGGUCUAAGGCCGAGUUGAUGGCACCAGUUUUUCAGACGUCCGGGUCAUUCUGUUUUGUCACAUUAUGAGAGAAUUUUUCAUUUUUUUUGUCACUGCGAUGUCUUUCUGCUGGAGCUUGAGAUGAAAUGUGCACAGACAUUUUUCUGUGUCAUCACUGUGAAAACCCUGCCCCGCGGCCACUCAUCAGACCUGACCACACCAGCGUAUGUAAGACUCACGCAUGCGUGUUCGCUCCCUGACGCCGGCUGACUGAGUGAUUUAUUGACUGAGCUGGAGCUUUCUUAAACAAUUUGCAUUGGCAGUUAAUGCAGACCUCUCAACUGCUGCCUCGUGUGCUUUAUACCCUGUGAAGGUGUCCUUAAUUUGAGAAUGGCCACCGCAUUAGCAUAUGGCUUAUUUCCUUGUUGCCUUGGAAACCGUGUGGCCAGUUGGUCGCAAGAUGUCCAUUUUGGUCUUCUCGUGAGCUUUGAGCCACAUGGAGUCGGAGGGGGCUGUCAGUGUGUGUGGUCUGUGAUGUGAGAGUGAUGAGUGGUGUUUCAUCCCAGAUGACUAUCUCCUCUGUGUCACUCAGCUGUAGGUCAAAAGGCCUCAGAGCUGCAGCACUGAAGAAAACUGAGAAAAAUCCACUGAAGACGCUGAAAUAGUAAAAUGGGACACGCUCACAGCCCAUGUAAUUGUAAAGCACCGAUUAAUGGGAAUAGUAAAGUUGGAGCACUGCUCAAUACAGAGCUUCUCAUGAAUGCUUUAUGAAGCAGAAUAUCAUUAUUGUCACGUGAAAAUCUUGUAAGUCCAAUUUUGAACAUCAGUGGAGUUUUGUGUUUGUGAGACUUUGAGACUCUGCAGCCCUUUUGUGCCGGUAAAACCCUUUCAGAACUCCAUGGAGUGAACUAAAAACAUCUUGGUGUGACAAGUUCAAAAGCAGCCUGCUUGUCUUAGAUCUUGAAAGGCUGACAUUUGGGGCCGUGCAAGGUUUUUCACCCGACAGCGACCAUAUUGCGCUUUCAAAUACGGAUUUGUGUUUUGAGAACAAUCUGGGAUGUCGCGGCCCGUGUUGGGAUUUGGAAGCGUACUUCUGGAGCGACUUCAUGCCCCGGAGCGCUGUAGAAAACUCUCCUCCAGUUUUGUGAUGUGUGCGGACUCGGGGACUUGUAUUGGAAUGUCCUGACUAUUAAAGAAUGUGCUGACCCAGCUGCUGUGCGACUCUCAGCGGACCGACUCACAGUUAAGUUUCCAAACACACAUUCCAGGCCAUCCACAGCCAUCCAGCUUCCAGAUUUACUGUUUAUGGGUACCUUGGCUCAGCAUCAUAAUCAUACUCCGCUGUGUCUGAUGUUUGUUUGAAGCUGGGCAGGGGCCAUAGAGCACAUUUCAACGCUUUGAAGUGUAAAUUCAGGUCUGGUUGGAGCACCUUAUGGAGCGUAGUGAAGAGAUAGCGACAGCCAUAUGUAUAUAAGCUGCUGGUUUGAUAAUAGAGCUGUCUAACUGUUAUCUGUCUACUGAGGUGGCAGAAGCCCAGAGGACAUGAGGUCAAAACCCUCGCCGGAUGUCAGCUUUGAGGGUCGGGAGUUGUUGGGUCUCUGAAAGGUGAAACUAGAGCACAAGUCAGCUCUGACCCAGAUAAGCCUCCCCAGCUGAGCUUUGAAUCCGACCUGCAGUUUCCUCAGUGUAAGAAGUUUUUUAUUUUUAAAAAAAGGCAGGAAACGGUUGUAAACAGUCAUCAAUAUGAAAGAUACUUUUACUGGAGAUAUUGAUUUUUCUUUAUCCUUUCUUGUCUCCACCCCCACAUGUCAGCCAGUGAGGCAUGCUGCUUUUUCUCAUUGGUGCUGAUUUAUUUAUCCCGUCUGGCCCUCAGUACCCUCAUUUCACGUCGGCUCCCAUCCCAGCUCAUAGUCAAUGUGACACUAACCUUACAAUUUUUACCCCUAAUUCUCACGCACGGCUACAGGCGACUUUCAGACGGUGCCCUCAGUUGUGCACGAGCUGUUUGUGUGCGGCCCGACAUGGCUGUGCCACAUUUACAGGGCACCAGAGCCAGCCUACCACGCAACAGCUUCUGUCGCCUCAGGCUCGCCCAUCCUCUGAGCCCAAAGGAAAUAGAGUGACAAGGGAGGACAGGGCAGACAGAAAUAGAGAAGCAGAAAGGACAGAUAGACUGAGAAGAGACAAAGAUGACAGGAGGAAUGAAAGAUGACACUGAGAGACAUCCUGUCACUCCAUAUCUGUGUAGGUUUCAGUCUACAUGUGCGUUUGCAUGUGUGUGUGCAUGAACGCAAUAUGGGACUUGCACAGAGGCUUGUGUAAUGUCUGCAUGAGUGGCGUAAGUGUGCAUAUUUAUGCAUACGUCCGAAUGGGCUGCGUGUGCGUGCACUCGAGUGGUAUCUCUGUUUGUGUAUCUGUGUGUGGCAGGGAUGAAGACAUGAAGGAGGAAAGGCCGCCGCGGUGCUUAUAUGUCACCCAGCGCCGGAGGGGAAAUGACUCCUCUCUGUCCCCGACCCAGGGGAGGCCGAGGAGGAGCACGGCUCACUUCUCCUGCUUCCCUGCCUUUUUUCUCACCCUCUCCUUCAGAUAUGUAGCUAAAGCCUCAGUCACGGCCUCUCCCUCUGAGUCACACACACAUGCAUACAUACGCUCGCUUGCUCUCAGGAGUCCGUCUUGCAUUAUCCCCCCCUUUUUCCUCCUCUCGUGCUUCUCAUCCCCUACACCCUCCUGCUCUCCUCCUCCUCCUCCUCCUCCUCCUCCUCCUCCUCCUCCUCCUCCUCCACUGCUCUUCUCUAUCUACCUCAUGCUUCCUGUUUCACCCCUCCCACCUUCCCCUUCUGCCAUUUUUCACCCCCCUGCAGCUAGAUGUCAAGUCGUGAUUCUGUAUUAACCCCUUGAUCCACACAAACACGCUCCCGUUAGCCCCCUCUGCACCACCCCGAUCCUCUCAGGAAAAUGGAAAACAAACUCACAACAAACCAAGGCUUCUGAUAUUUCCUUCCCUCUGUUCAAUUAAACAUGGCCUCCAUCUGCUUCUUUGUUUCGCUUCGGCUUUUCUUCUGCAAUAUUGACUAUGGUUGUUCUUGUGAUUGUUUCUUAAGACUGUGUUUUAACCUGUUAUAAUCACAGAUGUGCGUAUUAACACUGGAGGAACAUGUCAUAGGGGUGUGUGUCUGUGUGUGUGGCAGGACGAGUGUGUGUGUGUGUGUGUGUGUGGAGGAGGGUGGAUUUGUUCUGCUUCAAGGUUCUGUGCCAAAUCUUUUUCAGAACAUUCAAUCUCUGUUCAUGUGCCAUACUGAGAAAUUUAUGAAAUAAAAAUAACGUUUUUUCACAAAUUUUAAA